AGCCGCGCGGCAGCGGCGUGCACCCCCCGCUGCAUGGCCCCGAACCACCCUCCCAGCGCGUCUGAUUGCGGGCGCCCGGCGCUGCUGCGGGCCCGAAAUCCCGGAGCAGGUGGAGCCCUUCUCAGGGCUGAAGGGAGACUAGAGCAGAUCAUAUUUACUCAUGUAGCUCCUGUUCGCUGCUUCAGCACCUCAUCCUGUCAUGGGCAAUCCGAAGAUGGAAGACUUAUUUACACUGGGAGUCUAGCAAAGGCAGUGUUGGGUGUGAAGUUUUUCUCUUACUCUACGAGCAUGUUUAGCUUCUGCAUGAUACCAUACAUCUUCAAAGCUGGCAUCGGAGUUGAAAGUGUGUUUUUACAAGCUGCCUUUUAUGGUGUGAUAGGAGUUUUUACAUUCAUAACACCAGUUAUCCUGCAUCAGUUUACAAAAGGCUAUGUGGUUCGACUGUAUCACGAGGAUGAGACUGACACAUACACAGCCAUUACAUACAAUGCAAUUUUGGCAGAAAAAAGAACUGUGUUCCAUCAGAGGGAUGUCAAGAUUCCAGGCAUCAGCAAGAUGUUUACAACAUUUUAUGCCAAAACCAAAUCAAUGCUUGUUAAUCCAGUGCUGUUCACGUAUCCACAGGACUAUUACCAUCUCAUGGGCUAUGACCAACCUUUUCAUUUUGACUUGGAGAAAGAAAAUGAAUCUAGUGAAAGCAAAUAGAAUUAGAUGUUAAUGAAGGUGACUGUCUUUUGUAUGUGUCCAGUGCAUCAUUUCAAAAACCACACGUUCUAUAAAACAUUCAUAAGUGUCAGAUAAUUUAGUUUCUUUAACAUCUCAAUGUACAGAAAGCCCGAGCUUAAUUUCAAACAAUUUGAAGCAUCUUCUCAGAAUUAAAAUUUAAAAUAGA